AUGACCCUGAAUAAUAAUAGUGUUGGACAGACUCAAAGGCCAAUUUACAACUCAGAAACAGGACCCGGAACGGCUGCGCAUGGUAGGAAUGUCGAUACCACAGUCGGACCAUUUGGCGACGCCAGAAAAGGUGCUGUUGGGCCCACUAAUGGCGGUGGUGUCACACUCAGUCCGGACUCGGCAUUGGUAGGCAGUGAAGUCGAUGCUGCCCAACAGGCCCUGGGUCGCACGAUGCCCAUACCACUUACUGGCCAAACAGCUACCGAGCUCGUUGCGCAGGCUGAUACUGCGGCUGAAAGCAUUUCAAACCCCAGCAACACGUACCUCCAACCUCUCAAAACAUUCAACUCCGUCGUCACUACUAUCGCCCAGGUUCGUCCCUAUACCCAGAUUGCCCUGGGGAUUUCAAUCGCUGCUGCUUGGUCCUCUAUGGUCGCUUACCGACGGAGCCAACCUGGACAACGAGGUCCAACCUCAGUACAGUUAGAACGGUUUAUGGAUUUCUUCCAGAAGACCAUAUCAUUUGGAAUAUAG